AUGGGUGAAAUCCAACCCGAGGUAGUUCCACAGCCUUCCCCAGGUCAAGUUGAUGAUGCUGUGGUAUAUCUUAAGGGCCACGCAAAUGGCGCGGUUGACUCUCAAGUUGAUUUGCGAGCUUUACGUCGUAAAAUUGAUCUACGUUUGAUGCCGUAUAUGUUUUGCUGCUAUAUAUUGCAGUUUUUGGACAAGGUCAUGCUGAACUAUGCAGCCGUUAUGGGAAUCAAAAAAGACUUGAAACUCGUCGGCAAUGAUUUCUCCAACGUCGCCACAUGGUUCUUCAUCGCCUAUUUGAUUGCGGAGGUACCGAAUGUAUAUUGCUUGCAAAAAGUACCGCCUGCCAAGUGGCUUGGAGGAAAUGUUGUCCUCUGGGGACUCGCAGCUGCUGCCUCCGCCGGUGCUCGAGAUUAUCGGAGCCUGCUAGUAGCACGAGUUUUCCUGGGUAUUUUUGAAGCGACAGUGGGACCAUCCUUGAUGCUCAUUAGCAGCCAGUACUACACCAGAAGCGAACAAGCUCCUCGGUUCACUGUGUGGUAUAUGGGUCUUGGUGUGGCCCAGAUUAUUGGAGGUCUUAUAUCUUUUGGAUUCCAGCAUGUGCAUAAUGCCUCAUUAGAAAGUUGGCGGAUCAUGUUUCUUGUUCUCGGGUUGGUGACAGUUGUUGUCGGUGCUUUGACAUUUUUCUUCAUUCCGGAUACACCAAUGAAGGCAACCUGGCUGUCUGAUAACGAAGAGGUGGCCCUUCUUCAACACGUCAGCGAAAAUCAAACUGGAGUAUGGAGCACAAAUUUGAACCUGAAACAAAUUUGGGAGGCUGUCCGCGAUAUUCAGCUGUGGCUCCUGACUGUGACAACAAUUUUGAUCUCCGUCUCAAGUGGUGUUGUGACGACAUAUUCCUCAACUUUGAUUGCUGGAUUUGGUUUCUCAGGUCCUAUCUCAGCGCUUCUCAAUACCCCGUCAGGCAUCGUUAGCAUUUUUUUCACACUUCUCGUGGGCUUCGGCAUCCGGAAGACUUCCAAUCGCUGGGCAUGGAAUGUGCUCUGUACCAUUCCUGGAAUCAUAGGAGGGGGUUUGCUGUCCUUCCUGCCCAAAAGCAACAAAGCCGGUGUCCUGAUCGGUAUUUAUCUUGUCAACGCAAUUGUGGCUACUCUUCCGAUUCUAUACCAAUGGACCAUGGCCAACUGCGCUGGGCAUACCAAACGUGCCUUCGCUAGUGCACUGGUCGCUGGAUCUUUCUCGGUCGGAAACAUCAUUGGUCCACAGACAUUCCAGGCACACGAUGCGCCGGAAUACCGACCGGCCAAGAUUGCUGUGCUUGCAACGCAGGCUUCAGCGGCUGUACUAUCCGUCGUGCUCUUUUUAUAUUACAAGUGGCAAAACCGGCGCAGAGAUCAGACUGAAGGCAGCGUUGAUGAGAACAAGGUUAAUGAGACGAGGUGGGCUGGGCUCACUGACAAACAGAAUCCCUCCUUCCGUUACGUCUACUGA